UAAACUGUAACCACCAACUUUGCAUUGUUGUUUGUCCUCUCUCUAUGAGAUUAACAUUGUUCAGAAGAAUGUCGUUCGUAGAUCUUGCAUCACUCAGAAUCAAGUACAAAUCGGAGAAGGAGAUCUUUCUAGAGUCCAGCAUUGAGCGAAAGGAACCGAUAAGCCUAUUUCGCAAGUGGUUGCAAGAUGCCUGUGAAACCCCAGAGAUCAUCGAACCGAACGCCAUGUGCUUGGCAACAGCAACAAAAGAUGCUGUACCAUCGGCUAGGUUUGUACUGUUGAAAGACGUAACCGAAGAUGGAUUUACAUUCUUUACCAACUACGAGAGCCGUAAAGCGGAUGAGCUGGCAGAAAAUUCCUGCGUGGCGCUGGCGUUCUAUUGGCUACCGUUAAGACGCUCGGUCCGAAUCGAAGGUAUGGCCGAGCGCAUAUCACGCGAGGCUUCGGAAACAUAUUUUCAUCAGCGUCCACGCGCAAGCCAAAUCGGUGCCCUGGCAAGCCCACAAAGCAAACCGAUACCGAACAGAGAGUUUCUAGACCGAAAAGAAAAAGCAAUCAAAGAAGAACUCGGACCGGACGGUGUAGUACCGCUGCCAAACUGGGGUGGCUAUCUUGUCCGCCCAAAAGCGAUUGAAUUUUGGCAAGGACAAACUAACCGUCUGCACGAUCGCAUCCGCUUCCGUAAAGAGCUCGGUACGAAUGAAGCCAUUGACGGUACAUUGCUUCAUCGGGGAGAAGAAGGAUGGGUGUACGAACGAUUAGCGCCAUAAACUGACGACCACUUGUAUCGGUCAAUUUAAACCCCGUCUUCCAGCUAGGUAACACACCCGUGUGGCUGUGUCGAAUGGAAAAGUGUAGUUCUAAUGUUCGGAUGUUAAAAGUAAGCCACAACAAUUAAUUUUUGGUUUCCGGAUCGAUUGUUCAACCGGACUUUCGUUUUUUUAAUAAGGAUUCUGCUGGUGGAUCAUAGGAGGAAACAAACCUGUGUUUGAUAUCGUUUAUUUAUAUUACAAUAAUAAAAUUUGUGGUACGCAAACCUGGAAUGCAUAAUAUGCUGUGCGCGGUGGUACUAGUGUUAAAUCUUAGGAAUAUUAUUCCAUUCAAUAGAAUAGAACGAACCAGCAAUUCAGAAUGCGCAGGUAUCGGGCAAAGAAAAUGUUUGAGUUUAUAACCUUCCGCUCAUGCUCAUAAUCCUUAUCUAGCUUUAGUGUCUAUUGCAACGUAUUAACUUGAACGGACACGCAAUUUAAAUGAUUUCAAAAUGCUAAUAAUAAAUUAUAGUCUACCUCAAAUACAGACGGUUUCGGGUAAACUUAAACAUAUUGUUAAUAAACUGCUAUUACAUAUCGUGCUGGCACACGUAUCAAACAUUUCUUGUUAUAGUUUCCAAACGUUCUGGGCAGCUUUAGAAUUUGUAGAUAUUUUGUUACCAAUCCGCAUUUGUUUGAAGGUAUAUUUAUGUAUAGUUAAAGAAUGCAAAAUAUCACAGAUUUAAUUCGUGAAACGUGGUUUUGUGCCGUAUAACGAUAAUAAUGAACUUAGCUAAAGUAGAAAGCGCGCAAGUUAUACAGCUCACAAACGCAGUACAAACCAAUCUAUAGGCUGUAUAAAUGUAGCAAAAUAAAGCUUCAAUAUUUAUCUGAACUGUUUGUUGCUACUGGAGGAUG